UCAUAGCUCAGGAUGGUAAAGGAUAUAGCCUCAGCUAGCUGGUUACUCAUUAGCAGAAAGGAAGGAGCGGUGGGGGUUAUCACUGGUCCAACUAGAGAGACAGACCUGAAACAGAGAGUGAAGAAGCAAAGACGAAAUGCGGAGUUUUUACCUGGAAUUUACAUCUUUUACUUGUUAACUUUUUCUUGGAACAGACAGCAGGCUGAGUUUUUUCUGCUUCCUGAAGUUUGCCUAAGUAAAUCAAAUUUCUUUUUGCUGUGGUAUUCCAGAGAAGACAAGAAGAAAAGGUGUCUUCCCAGGGAGCAGCUUUCCGGGUUUCCAUUCAGUUUUGCCCGGGGGCAGCAAGGACAGUCAGCUACGGAGAGCCUAGUGUGUGUCUCCUAGUGGAGCUUGUUGUAGCCGAGUCUGCUGGAUGGAUUGUUGCUGAAACAGGACUUUGUACACUCGCCAAAGCCUGAGGAAUCGGUACUGAUUUAAAAAUUGCCUGCUAGAGGAAGAGAAGAAAGUGGAUCUCAAGAGACUUAGGGGAGAGGGAGAAGCCCCUCUCCCCACCUCCCUAGCAAGGCACCAUGAGCUACGUGUGCCUGAGGCUCUGGAUUUACAUGAAACCCUGUCUCCCCUGCUUGUUCCAGGAGGAAGACAGCUCUGAGGGGACCGAGAACCUAGGAGCACAACCUGUGGUGAUUAAGAACCCAGUGGCCCGCUGGUCCUGUGAUGAGCCCCUGUCACAGCGUGAGAAUCAUGAGAAAAACCACAACCACUAUUUUGUGGCUCUGUUUGAUUACCAGGCUCGCACAGCAGAGGACCUGAGCUUCCAUGCAGGGGAUAAACUCCAAGUCCUGGACACUUCUCAUGAGGGUUGGUGGCUCGCCAGGCACCUGGAGGAAAGGGCGGUUGGCUCCAGCCAGCAACUUCAGGGCUAUAUCCCCUCUAACUAUGUGGCAGAGGACAGGAGCCUACAGGCAGAGCCGUGGUUCUUUGGAGCAAUCAAGAGGGCUGAUGCAGAGAAACAACUAUUACACAGACAAAACGAGAAUGGUGCUUUUCUAGUCAGAGAAAGUGAGAGCCAGAAGGGAGAUUUCUCUCUUUCAGUUUUAGAUAGAGGUGUUGUGAAACACUACAGAAUCAGAAGAUUGGAUGAUGGGGGCUUUUUCCUUACCCGGAGAAAAAUCUUUUCAACACUGAAUGAAUUUGUGAGUCAUUAUACUAAGACAAGUGAUGGCCUGUGUAUCAAGCUGGAAAAACCAUGCUUAAAGAUACAAGUCCCAGCUCCUUUUGAUUUGUCCUAUCAGACAGUGGACCAGUGGGAGAUAGACCGCAACUCAGUGCAGCUUCUGAAGAGAUUGGGAUCUGGUCAGUUUGGUGAAGUGUGGGAAGGCCUGUGGAACAAUACCACUCCAGUAGCAGUAAAAACGUUAAAACCAGGUUCGAUGGAUUCAAACGACUUCCUGAGGGAGGCACAGUUAAUGAAGAAACUAAGACAUCCAAAGCUGAUACAGCUUUAUGCUGUUUGCACUUUAGAAGAACCAAUUUAUAUUAUUACAGAGUUGAUGAGAUAUGGAAGUCUGCAGGAAUAUCUCCAAAAUGAUGCUGGAUUAAAAAUCCAUCUAUGUCAGCAAGUAGACAUGGCGGCGCAGGUUGCCUCUGGAAUGGCCUAUCUAGAGUCCCAGAGCUACAUCCACAGAGAUCUGGCAGCUAGAAAUGUCCUUGUUGGUGAACACAAUAUCUACAAAGUGGCUGAUUUUGGUCUUGCAAGAGUUUUUAAGCAGGUAGAUAAUGAAGACAUCUAUGAAUCCAAACAUGAAAUAAAGCUGCCUAUCAAGUGGACUGCACCUGAAGCCAUUCUUACUAAUAAAUUCAGCAUUAAGUCCGACGUGUGGUCAUUUGGAAUCCUUCUUUAUGAAAUCAUGACUUAUGGCAAAACCCCUUAUAGUGGUAUGACAGGUGCUCAAGUAAUUCAGCGAUUGAAUGAAAACUAUAGACUUCCUCAGCCCUCUAACUGUCCGCCGCAAUUCUACACCAUCAUGUUGGAAUGCUGGAAUGCAGAACCUCAGAAACGGCCGACAUUUGAGUCACUGUACUAUAAAUUUGAGGACUAUUUUGACACAGACUUUUCACAGCCAAAUUCUAGCAACUUUCAUAAUAACCACUGAUGAUGAACCAAAUAAUAAUGAUGUAGUAGAGUUGAGUGAUCAGUACGGAGAUACAGUCUUAGUAACCAACUGCAAAAUAAGUUUAUCGUGAUAUGUUUCAGUGAUAGGAUAAGUUUCAUCAUGUAUUAUAAAAAAUAGUUGUAUGUGUGUUUUACUGACCGGGCAACAUUGCAGGACAGUUUAAGAUGAUGUAACAUUUUCUCACUGCCUGUCAAAACCAAGCAUACGAAGCGAAGUUAUUUUUCUUUUAAAAAGAGUCUUACAUUUCUAUUUAUUGUUGAAAUGCCGAUCAAGAGGAUCAACAGAUGGUAGUCAAUUUUUACUCAGUGACUGUUGUAGCAUUUUCCUGUUUACUGAUUAAAGUGGUUAUUCAUUAUUCCUCAGUUUGCUGAAUGCCAUCAGGCUGUUAUUAUGAAGGAGUUUGAUUGCUUUGCUGCACAGCAGGACCUGUGCCUUGAAAUUUCUUUUUCUCUUUUAAAAUAUCCUGUAACUACAAUGAUGGUAGAGUCAUGUUAAAUGGCUUGAUUGUACUUUGAGUAAUUGCACAUGUUUUUCCUUUGCAUAAAAAAAAAAGUGAAGCAGCUGUUGAGAGAAAGAAUUAAAAUCUCAUUUUGUAGAAGGAAAUGAUGGAAGCUUUCUAUACCUCAGUAUGUGUCAUCUGAGAAUCAUCUACAUUGGUUUUGAUCUUCUAGUGUUAAGAAUGAGCUUGCAAAGUGGAUGAGUUAUCAUCUACAAAAAAUGAGUGAGAAAAGUUGAUAGCUUGCAAGACCCCAAAAAGUAGGUAUCAAAGUAGUUUAGGAAAUUAAAAGAUAGAAGCAAGAUUGCUAUGGCCUAGGAUUUCUGAGUGACAAUGAUAUGUCUUUGGCAUAUAUGCCAGAGUUUUAAAUUGUCUACAAAACAGUUAAAGUUCUGUUUCAUAUACAAUGGCUUGGAAUAAUGUCUGACCUCUGUUAUGAAACUAUAUAUAUUUUUUAUCUGGUUGGAUAGAAGAAAUUUCCCUUAACUUUAAUUAGAAUGUUACUGUCUUCUUAUAUAUGAGUCUAUCAAAUUCUGUGCCUCAUGAGAUGAUAACGAAGAUUUCCCAAAAUUAAUUUCAAAAAUCAAAUGUAGUUGUAAAGGUCUCUUGACAUAGAACAAUGCAAAAAAAACAUACCAAGAGAAAACAAAUUAUUUUGAAUACAUUUUCUCAUCUUUCUCUAUAGUGGCAGACAUAUUAAAAUAGUUACAAAAAUCCAAGUGUAAGUAGCUUAAGCACUAAGUAAAUUUAUGAACUUAUUUAUGAAUUUAACUCUUUAGUUAGAAGACUGGAGGCAGGGGAAGGCCUCAGAUACAAUACCACUGGCAAUUCAACAGCAUUAACAUUAACAAGACACAAGUCCCUUCAGACCUUUGACUAUGCUAUCACCCUUGAACUCAUAGUCACAGAUGGCUUCAGUAGAAAUGGGAUCUCCCUAUUCUCUUCAUCUAGGAGGAAAUCUCUUCAUCUAGGAGGAAAUGUGAAUCCUCUCUUGAAUUUUAUCUUACAUAAAAAUCUUUUUUUUUUUUUGCUUGAGUAAGUUGGUAACAUAUGCCUAGUCCUGUACUGGUAAUAGACAAUGUGAAUAGCAUAUCAGAUUAUUUUAAAGUAUUAAAGUUCUGCUACUGCAGCUGACAAUAUGACCCCCUUUCUUGGGGACAAGUUGGGAGCUUACCUUACCGAAUGAAAUUAUAGAAAGUUAGAUCUUAUGUCAAUGUACAUUAAGGGGAAAGUUCCUGGAAAUGAAAUAGCCAUAUUAUGCAUGUGGUAGGUGUAUAUAAACACAAACUUUUCUGAAACAAAAAUGAAUUAUAUGGCACUAAGAACCAUCAACAUUCUUGAUUCCUUUACAAAUAGAAUAUAUUUGUAAGAUAAGGCCACCAGUAAUUUUUCAAAUCAGUAACUCUAUAUAGGACAAUUUUAACUACUUAAAGUUGUCAAGUUUUAUGCAAUUGAGGAAAAGAGUAUACAGAACUAGUUCUUAAAAUUAAAAGGAAAAAGUCAUUUCUUCACACUCAUUUCUUAUAGUUCAAUCCUGUUGAGCAUAUAUAGAAGUGAAAUUAAAUAUUUCAGUUUCAUCUUGAAAAUUCAAAUCCUGUAUAAUUUAUCUUUUUUUGUAGCUGCUAAUAAUAAUAAAAUUUCAAGUAAGAUCUGAUUUUGAAAUGUAUAAAGAAGGUUAGUCUAUCUUAUUUUAAUACCCUGAAACCUGUUUAACGUACUACAUUUGAUUCUUGGAGACAUUUAUGCUCAAGGUUCUGUCAAAGCAAUCUAUUAUUCUUGUUUUCACCUGAUGGAUCAUGGAGAAAAAUAAUGGAUUCAGUUAUGAGAAACAGUAAUAGAUUUUUUUAAAGCUGACAUAAAUUUCUCUCCCUGUAUAGAAUAAAAGGAUUAGGAAAAGAUACGUUGAAUUUUCUUACAAUGAGCCAGCUCUUGUUAAAUUUACCUCUCAUAAAUUGUACCAAAGCACUUUAUAUGAAAUGUUUUAUUUAUGUAAUUCAGUUAUUUGGAGGUGGUGGUGAGGGAGGUGUCUACGUCAUUUUAUGUAAUAUUUCAAAUCUCUUUUGAUAAAAAAACUUAGACUUUUUGCAAUAUUUUUUUUGGGGGGGGGCAAUUCCAUUAAGACCUUUUAUGAAGGUUAGGAAGGAAAUAGGUUUACAUUCCCAAAGGUCAAAAGAGAAACAAAGUAGGUUCCUAGUAGUUGUGAAACCUAAAUACUGUGAUAUAUAUAUUCAAAGUAAUCAGAAAUCUGCAGACUGGACUGAUGGAGUGAAUAAAGGACACCAAAGGAAAUGUCUGAUGUCUGAUGUCAAGCUGGGUCCAUUUAAAAUGACUUUCCACAUGUUUCUAUGUGGUGACAGCAUGGAUCAACGGAAACAUAAGGGACCCAAACUCUUUUAAUUCUCUGAUGACCCAAGGGAACAACUGUUCUUGGAAGGAUGUCUUUCUGUCACCCACCUGGAGCUUUCUGGAGGAAGCAGGGCCCAGCAGGUGAUUCAUGCCUUUGCCAAGCAAAUGUCCUAUCUACAAUAAUAGUUUUCAGACUCCAGAAGACCAUAUGCUUUAUAGACCAAGCAACCUGGUUGGUUAUGUGUCCAGUAUAGUUUUUCAGUACUCUUUGCAAAGAUUCAAUCUGUGAAACAGAGUGGGGAUACUUAGGGUACUUAUCAAAUUGUAUUAUUGUGUUCUCCCACGGACAAAGAUCAUUUGUAAAGAAACCAGUGAUGAUGCUUGUGUACCUAGUUACUGGAAUAGCCUGUGGCUGUAUCUGGAAAUAUUCAUUUCUAUAUUUCCUGGCACUGUUAUGCAGAAAUUUUGGUAAUAAUUUUCAAUGUGAUUUGAGUAUUUAGACAAAAUAAAAAAAAAAUCUCGGAAUCUGGUGAAGACUUACACCUCUUUUAAAAUCAUGACUCCAGCAAUAUUGUAUUCUUUUACUGCCUAUAUUGCCUUAAUAAACUUUUCAGGUAUUUUUCUUUUUAAAAAAUAUUAAAUAAAUGAUGGUAAGUGCCUCAGA